CAAAUUAUAAGAAGAGUAAGAGAGAGAGAGAGAGAGAGAGAUGGGUUUUGGGAUGCCUUCCGAAGCCAUUAAUAAGGCUAAACCCUACGUGGCAAUGGUGUCCUUGCAGUUUGGUUACGCAGGAAUGUAUAUCAUCUCCUUGGUGUCUUUGAAGCGAGGCAUGAGCCACUACGUACUUGCCACGUAUCGUCAUGUUGUUGCCACGCUUGUGAUCGCUCCCUUUGCGAUUGUUCUUGAAAAGAAAAUCAGACCAAAGAUGACUCUGCCCAUCUUCCUCAGAAUUGUCGCCCUUGGUUUCCUGGAGCCGGUGCUUGAUCAGAACUUGUAUUAUUUGGGGAUGAAGUACACGUCAGCCACAUUUGCAUCUGCCACUGCCAAUAUUCUCCCCGCAAUAACCUUUAUAAUGGCAGUCAUCUUCAGGUUAGAGACAGUGAAUUUCAAGAAAUUACACAGCGCCGCCAAGGUGGUGGGCACAGUAAUAUCGGUGAUGGGAGCAAUGGUAAUGACGUGGUACAAAGGCCCCAUCCUUGAUUUCAUUAGCGGCCGCGGCCAAAGCCACCACAAAACCAGCGCCGAAUCCGCCGAUCACCAUUGGGUCACCGGCACGCUAAUGGUCCUAGGCAGUUGCUGUGGCUGGGCGGCUUUCUUUAUUCUCCAAUCAUUUACGUUGAAGAAGUACCCUGCGGAGCUGUCUCUCACAGCUUGGAUAUGCUUGAUGGGCAUGUUGGAAGGUUCAAUCGUGACGCUUGUGAUGGAACGUCACAUGAGCGUCUGGGCCAUUGGAUGGGACUCCAGGCUUCUGGCCGCUGUUUAUUCUGGGAUAGUUUGUUCGGGAAUCGCAUAUUAUGUACAAGGAUUUGUAAGCAAGCUUCGUGGCCCUGUGUUCGUUACAUCUUUUAGCCCACUCUGCAUGAUCAUCACUGCUGCUCUUGGCUCCAUUAUUUUAGCUGAGCAAAUCCACCUUGGAAGUGUAAUUGGAGCCAUUCUCAUAGUCUUCGGCCUUUACACUGUCGUAUGGGGUAAAAGCAAAGAUGUUCCAAUUAUCUCAAAAGUGAUAGAAAUCGAUGAGAAAAGUGGCACCCAAGAACUACCAAUCACGGACACUACUAAAUCAAUCGACACCAGUCGCAAUAACGGGAUAUUGUUAAAGAAUCCAGCAACAGUCUAGCUAGGGUUGUGAAAGAUUUCAUACACUUUCUUUCUCCAAGCUUGGAUUAAUGUGUAUCGAUCUUUUAACUUAUUUAAUGUUCGUUGGGAUCAA